AGAGAGAGAGAGAGCGAGAGAGAGAGAGAGUGUUCAGAUCCAAAGCAGUUAAGCUGCCUCUCAUAUAUCAAUCCCACCUCUCUAUCACACUUCACACACUGAUCGGUCAAUCCUAUCAACCAUCAAAUCAAGGAGAAACAUGUCCUCUUCAUCUGCCUUUUCACCGGACCCCCUCUCCCCCAACGAGCAGCUCUGUUAUGUCCAUUGCAACUUUUGCGACACCGUCCUUGCGGUGAGUGUUCCAUGUAGCAGCUUGUUCAAGACGGUCACAGUCCGAUGUGGUCACUGCACCAAUCUCUUGUCGGUCAACAUGCGAAGCCUCCUCCUUCCUCAGGCUGCAACAAAUCAGCUUCACCUUGGCCAUUCUUACUUCACCCCUCAAAACCUUCUGGAGGAAAUCCGGAACACGCCGUCGAACAUGCUGAUGAAUCCGACGAUCCCGAACGAGCCGAUGGUGCAGCUACGAGGAGGGAUGGAAGAAAUCCCAAAGCCCCCGCCGGUGGUGAACAGACCUCCCGAGAAGAGACAGAGAGUCCCAUCUGCAUACAACCGAUUCAUCAAGGACGAGAUCCAACGCAUCAAAGCUGGGAAUCCUGAUAUCAGCCAUAGAGAGGCCUUCAGCGCCGCUGCUAAAAACUGGGCCCAUUUCCCACACAUCCAUUUCGGACUCUUGCCUGAUCAUCAGCCCGUGAAGAAAGCUAACUUGCGCCAACAGGAAGGAGAGGACGUGCUCAUGAAGGAUGGGUUCUUCACGCCUGCAAAUGUGGGUGUCUCCCCCUAUUAAUAAUUGGCUGAGAACUUUUAAAAAAAAAGAGCGUUCUUGUGUCUCUCUCUUUCUAAGUUCAUCAGUUCGGUUAUCUUCUCCCCUUUACUUCCCUCUUAUGAAAGUGUCACUACUAGUUAGUCUCUUUUGUUCUAAGCUUCGUUUCUAAGAGAGACUUCUCUUUGUUCUAACUUUAUGGCUGUUGCUCAGCUUCUGUGCCCUUGUGGCGUGUUUGAAGCUUUUAGUUGGAUUGAUUAAGUCUAGAGAGAAAGAGAGAGAGCGAGGUCUUGAAGCUCGGACAACAUCGAGCUUCUAGAAACCGAAACCUAGAUGGGUCAAGGUUUGUUCAUAUUCCUCAAUAUGUAUUGUGAACCUAUCUUUAACCA